AUGGCAGAGUUCAAUACACAACAUUGGCAGAACAAAGCUUCUCAUGAUCAUCCGUCGUCUUUCGUGGGAAUGGGGAGCAGCAUUAAUAGCAUUCAAAUAGCUCCUCCAGGACUUGUAACAAUGGAUAACAAAUCUGGUAGUGUUUCUUCUCAUGAUCAUCACUUCCCAUUAUCAUUUCCAGACUACUCUUUCUUUGCCCUCCACCAUCAUUACGGUCCACAAGCUUUGGCUUCAACCCCAGCUGUUGAGACACCUUCUGUUGUUGCUGCUGCUGCUGCUGCUGCUGGUAUCACUCCAUCUUCUUCCAUUAACGUGGACGAGAAGAGGUGUUCGUCUGUCCGGAGAAGCAGGAAGAAGGCGUCGGAUAAUGAUGAAGUUGUUCAUGUUAGAGCGAGGAAAGGCCAAGCUACUGAUAGCCACAGUGCUGCUGAGAGGUCAAUGGGGAUGGCAGUAAUGCUAGAAGAGAUCAUCAACUAUGUAUGUUCUCUGCAGAAUCAAGUUGAGUUCCUCUCAAUGGAACUAGCAGCUGCUGCUGCAGCAGCAAAUAGUGUCAACUUGGAAACACAGCCAUCCAGAUCAAUACCAAGGGCUUCUCUUCAGGGGGGAAAUUUAGCUGGGAGAGAAAACUAUGGAGAUGCAACUGCUAGUACAGCAUGGUCAAUCUGA